AUGGCCUCCCAUCACUCCCGUGCCUACGGCAGUCAGUAUAGUAAUAAAAAGGGACCAGGAACAAAUCGAAAGGCAACGACGCAGACUCGGACGCAGACCACAGAUCCGGAGUAUCUUGAGGAUCCAAAAGUUACGGUACAGGAACUUUUGCAGAUGGUCAAGGGUAUGGGAGAGGGAUGGGGUGAUUCUACAUCUACGGACCCUAUAAAGGGUUAUAUCACAAGUAAGGCCUCCUUUGGCACCGAAGGAGAUAAAUCCCUUCUGCGACUUAUUAAACAUACAAACAAGAACUCGGAUUCUCCCGAAAGCAUAUGGGCAGAUGAUACUGGACGAUUAUUACUCAUUUGGAUGCUAAAGGAUCCGCAACUAGCACAGCUUUUCGUCAAGCAGCCAGAAGAGAGCUCCAGCGGUGAAGAUGAACUAUCUGGGAGGUUGCCCAUUCAUUUUGCCAUUGAGAAUAAGGCAUACUACUUCCUAGCAUGCCUUUUCAAGAUCUGCUAUGAUUUCAAGCUAGGUCAAGGCCUAUUAAAUCAAAACUUCGACCAAGAGCCAGAUCGAAUAUUCGAGUAUGCUGAGGGGCCCUCAAAAAUGAACUGUAUUCAUUUUGCAAUGAAGAGCUGUUUGCCGUUUGCACCCUUCAUGGUCGCUGUUUGCUCCGCCAAAGCGCUCACACAGAUAGAUAGCGAAGGUUAUACCCCAUUGCACCGAGCUAUGAAUAUGGUGAUGGCGAAUACGGAGUGCUUAAUCCCGCCACAACCGGCCAUGAAUCCAGGAGAAGAGAACAGCCCUCUACCCCAUUGGGACAAUAAGUUCACACCACCGCAUGUUUUAGAGGAAAUAGAACGGAGGAAGGAUGCCGACAAUAUUCUCCGGGACAUCUUAACUACUACCAACAAUAAAGGGAGAUCGCCGUAUCAAGAAAACCUAGACAAAUACAGAUAUUAUAAAGGCCCUUGUGGGGAGUUCCAAUUCAAGAGAAGCUUCAAGACACUCAUUUUCCAGAAGAUAAGAGGAAUUCCAAAUGUCAGUAAGGCGUUAUACGGUACAUCCGGAAAUGUUAAGGAACUUUGCUUAGAUAUGUCCGACUUCAACCAGUCAUCCCAUAACUUUGAGAAAUUUGUCGAGAAGUUGACUAGCAUUGAUGACGAGGAUGAGGGGGUGGAUCUAGAAGACGAUAGUACACUACAGUUCGAAGACACACUCUUCUUCGUUCAUCUGCCAGAUCUGAAUUAUGUAAAACAACCUUGCCCCCAUGAAACUCUGCGAAUGUUGUUCGAAUGGCUGAGGGAUAAGAAGCACGUCGAGGUUAUUAGAAAGCUCACCAUACCAGACAAUACAAUAAAUCCUAUGAAUCCAGUCUUCUUCGAACAGCAUAUUCUAGAUAAAUUCGAAAUACAGGCCCUCGAUUGGCGAACGUUGGAUAUGAACCUGGAUAUCUUAACUGGAAGCACUAGUAUGGAAAAUACACUGGAUUUUCAAGCCAACACAUUGCCAAUCCCUCAAACACGACUGUCGCUGAGGGAGCUCACUCUGUACUCAAGCGGAAAUUGGAGUGUUCUUUAUCAUUGGAUCAGCAAGGAUGGUUUAGCAAAAGUCGCAAAUCUACAGAAAGUACGAAUUGAGAUUGUACACCUAGAUCUUGCUGAUGGAGUACAUGACAAGAACAUCCAUGAGCGUCACCGAAACCUCUCUGAGCUGUACAAGAGCCUUUUAGAGAGCUAUCACCUUCAAAACAAGACACAAUACGAGAGUAACAUGAACAUAAAUUUCAACUAUAAAUUGGAUGUGAGGUUGAACGCAAAAUGGCACUAUCCUCCCCCAUCCCAAGAGCCGGAAGAACCUACUACACGCGUACCAAUGCACCAAUUCACAGGACAAUUAGGUCCUUGCCAAAAGUUCCUUGAUGAAUUGAAAGGGGAGUCCAGAUCUCCCACCUACAAUGCAAUCAGAAGCAGCGAGAAUAGAUUAUCCAAUAUUAGCAACCAACAGGCCUCGGAAGGCAAUGAAGAUUUCUCGUGGUGUAUUGAGAACUUUCACAAGUACACAUCUGCGCCGGCGAGGGAUAGGCCAGACAAGAGAAUCAAAGUAGCUAUAAUUGACAACGGGGCCGAUAGGAUCAGAUCGAGUAUAGGAGAAAUGAUUGCUAAAGGUGUUUCAUACGUUACUGCGGAUUUGUUUGGAUCGGAUAAGCCACUCCCUUGGUGGAUGGUGUCCGAUGCUCAUGGGACACAAAUGGCAUCGCUGAUCGGCCAGAUCAAUCCUUACUGUCGCCUAUACAUUGCUCGCGUUGGCAAAGGACGUAGCGACAUAGAUCCCAAAAACGCAGCAAAGGCGGUCAAAUGGGCUCUCGAUCAAAAGGUUGAUAUAAUAUCUAUGAGCUGGACUACGAAGAAGGAUGAGCCCGAACUUGAAAGUGCCAUAUCGGAGGCAGCAAAUAGCACAGAGGGACGUGCAACCCUCAUGUUUUGUUCGACAGCCGAUGAAGGGCUAUAUUCAGAUGCCGUCUACCCUGCUGACUACGAGAGGCACGUUGUGAGGGUAAGUGCAACGGAUCAGUGGGGACAUCUCACAGCAAGGACACACGGUUCAAAAGCUGUCAAUAUCCAGAUACCAGGAGAGAACACUGAGGCAGUUGGUCCCGCAUACAUUGGUUCUGUCCUUCCGACUGUAUCGGGUUCAUCCGUUGCUACCGCCCUUGCGGCAGGCAUCGCUUCCUUGGCCCUUCUUCUCCUUCGCACAUACAAUAAGGAUUUAAAAGACAAAGACAUUCAGCCUUUCUACCAGAAGCAAAACAUCAUGAAGAUCUUCAACAAGAUGGAUGCAGAUAAGGGAGGCCUUCAGCUAUCCAAACUGUUUCCUCGCGAGACCACAAACGAGCAUAACACCCACAAGACAAUGAGAGAGAAUUGGAACAUCCACCAUUUAGAGAAGCUGCCGGGUUGUUUAUAG